AUGCACCCAAAGCAACCACCCAUGAUUAGCAUAGCUUGCUCUCGAACCCACAGACGCCGUCCUCCAAACCAAGUUGCUGACCAUGCCUGCGUUACUAAGCUGCUGGUGAUGGACUGGGCUUUUCGCGUGCCUGCCUGCAACUGUUAACGCUGUCCUCUAGGAAUACUCUGCGUUGAACGACGCCGUUGAGUAAAGGAAGGCCAGCACUUUUCAUGGAGCCAUGGUAGCAAUCGACACGACUCGUGUCGACAUUGCCCGUGAGACCUCGACGCGUCGGCCAUGUGGUGUGCACCCGGCCUCUGCUCUCCAUGCGGCCUGCACUAGGGAUCAUCCCGCCCACGCCAUUGCCAUCACUCCUGCAUGAUCCCCAUAGUCCCACUCUGUUGGCUGGCCCGCUCUAGAAAGACUCUCGCUGGUUCACGUCGCCUUUCCCAUGCAUUUGGGCUGCCGCGAACUGUCGUUCAGUCAUCACACUAUGACGAGAUCACCCUCCGUAGGAUGCGAUCGCCCUGCGAAUUGCACUUUCCAUGAUCUCGCCGGUAGACAGGAACCUAGUCUAAAUUGCGUUUAGGGUGAUCUCUCUUACCCAUACUCUAGCACUAGCUGCACAAGCUCGUAGAUCGUAGCUCCUAGCUUGUGGCCUGGUGACACCCAGGACGCACCAGUUUCCGCAAGAGGUCCGUCCACUGGUUCUCUGCAUUCGCCCGGCGGAAUUUACCCUGCCUGCCGCUCCGGCUGUUGCUGCCUCCUCUCCGCCAUCUCCUCCUGCUACGUCCGAAGUGACUUCUGAGUCGGCUCUACUCGAGAGGGAGCCGUCCGGCCGCCAUGCCGCUCACGCGUCGACACGUGGCGGCGGAGGAGAGCUUGGCAUCGCCGAGCGUUCUCCGCGCAGCCAGCGGCGAUGACCCGCGGGGGAUGCUGGAGGGUGUGUCCAUGGCGUGCCUCGUCGGCCUCGUCAAGCAACUCGCGCUCCUCUCCGACCAUGCGUCUCGUGUGUUCGAGGGUCUGGCUGCGGACCUAGCGGAGGUGGCGGCGCGGCGGGAGCAGGUGGCGGCUCGCGCGCGGGGAAUAGAGGCGGUGGUGGGGCGGAUAGAGGAGCGCAUUCUCAAGGACAGCCACCCGCUCGCGCUCGCGUACACGCCAGGCGUCCGCUGGCGCGCGCACGUGCCGGCGGCGCAGCGCGUGCUGCUGUCCGCCGACCGCCCGCUGGUCAUCGUCGCCGCGUACCAGCACGCGGCGCCCGCGCCCCCGCUGCACCGCCUGCACAGGCUGUUGCCCUCACCCGCGGGUGCUCUGGCGGAAGGCGAAGAUGGUGCCUGUAGGGGCAGGGACGUGCGGGAAGUGGGGGGUGAGGGGGUUGCGCGCGAUGACGCGGAGAGGGGGGAGAGGAGCGACGGAGCUGGCGGAACGGAAGGCGGAGACUCUGGAGCUGCGCGGGCGGCGGAAGUUCUGCUGCAGCGCGUAUGCGCGGAUGGCGAAAAUGGGGAGGGGGACCGCGGAGAAGCACUGGGAGACGGCGGAUGGGGGAAGGAGUGGCACGAGGAUGCAUGGCAGGGGUGUGCGCUGAGGUACUCGGAUGCGACAGCGGCGUCAGGGCCGUGGAGGCGAGACGGAGAGAGCAAUCUCAUGGACGAGCAAGUGCAGGCGGAAUGGCACGCGCAGGGGCACCAGUCCCCCCCGGACGCCUCGUCGUGGAUGACCGCGCGCCUGCUGCGCGCCUCACUUCUUGCGCCAUCUGGGGAGAGUAGGGCGGAGGGAGUAGGGCGCGAGGGGUGGAGUGAUAGUGGUGUGGAAGACGAUUUGCGGCAGGGGGACGUGGGAGCGGGAAGGGAGGGGGAGACGCUUGGGGCUAGCACGUCCGAAGCACAGGCAGGGGAGACUGGCGAGUAUGACGAGUCGGGCAGAUGGAGCGAAGGAGCAGGGAGAGAGGGGUUGGGGCGUACUUAUGACUCGGAUCACUGGGCCGAGGAGGAAGGACACAGCGAGGAAGGAGUCACGGGUGGGGGGCGUGAGAGUGAAGUGAGGGAGGAAGAGGGGGAAUCAGGGAACAGAGGGAGAGGAGAGGAGGGAAGGGGGGGUGUAGGGGCAGCGAUGGCGUGGUUGGACGUGGGGGACGGGGUGGAGUUCGACGUGAUGCAGUACGUGCGAGUGCUGGAGGAGGAAGGCGCGGACGACGACGCAGAGGCGCAGCUGGGAGACGCGCUUGAGGAAGGGAAGGGUUGUGGAGAAGGGGAGGUGGCGGGUACCGGUGGGGAGGAGGUGGAGGAGGUGGAGGAGGUGGAGGAGGUGGAGGAGGAGGACGGAGAGGCGGACGCGGCAGAGGGUGGUGAGAGAGAUGAGGCGGGCUUGCUGCUGAAUGGGGUUGCUGAUGACUGGGGGUCCACCGAUGGGAGUGAGGGGUCGGACGAGGAAGAGGAAGAGGAAGAGGAAGAGGAAGAGGAAUGGGAAGCGGAAGGGGAAGGGGAAGAGGAAGAGGAAGAGGAAGAGGAAGAGGAAGAGGAAGAGGAAGGAGUUGGAGUGCAUGGUGAGGGGGAGGAGGGAGUCCAGGAGGAGUAUGGCAGCGAUGAGGCCGAGGAGGAGGAGGAGGAGGAGGAGGGGCCCUCAGCUGGGGCUGCUGAGGGAGCGGGGGCAGGGUUACUGGUAGGGGGUGAGAGUGUAGGGCUGGUGACGAGGGGGCUUGGAGCAACGGAGCAGCAGCAGCCGCCCAAUGCGAGGGAGUUGAACCUGCCGGACGGGUCUCUGCAGCGUGACCACGUGCAGCAGGCAGAGCCGGAAGAGGCGAAGCAGCAGCAGGAGCAGGAGGAGGGGCGUGGAGAGGACACGGGAGAAUCUGCAUCUUUGGUAUCUGAUCGCCCGUCAGCUGCCCUCCACACGCCACACCGCCCAUCCACCUCACCCACCUCAUCCUCCCCUGUGCUAGCACCAACCGCCACCGCAGCAACAGCAGCAUCCCCCUCCACCUCGUCGUCGUCGUCGUCUCUGUCGGGUCGCUCCAUGUCGCACUCCGUGUCCAAGUCCCUCAAGGACCUGUCCGUGCUGCAGCAGAAGCUGAGGGCGCAGAGGGGCGACGUGCAGCGCCUGGCAGCGGACAGCAUGCAGCUGCAGCAGUGGCUGGGCCUGCAGCCGCACCACGUGCUCACCUCGCCCUCCGCCUCUCCAGCCACCUCUGCUGCUGCGGCUGCGUCAGCGGCGUCUGGUUCUGCUGCAUCCGCUGCUUCGUCGUCACCUUCCAGCAGGCUCCAGCAGUCCAAGCAGCAGGCGUCCAGAGCUGGCGAGAGCGCUAGCACCAGCGCGCACGCCAGCUCCAGCAGCACCAGCGGCAGCAGCAGUGUAGGUGGUGGUGGUGAUGGCCGCGCUAGCAGUGCCAUCAGUGGUGGGUCGACCGCUGCCAGUGGCUAUGGGGCGGGCAGCAGCAUGGUGAGCAGCAGCAGCUUCACGAGCAGGCCGCGCCGAUUCAGCUUGGCUUCAGCCACCACUGCUGAUGCUGCUCCUGCCAGUGGUUCUUGGGCGGCUGGUGCUGCUUUGCCACACUCAGUGAAGGGCGAUGGUGCGAGAGAGGAACGGUCGCAUGGGGAGGGCAAUGGGGAGGGUGGCUUGUCAGGGAAGCAUAGGGAGGAAGCAUGGCUGAGGCAGGAGGGAGUUGGGCCAGUGCUGCAGCAGCAGCAAGGGGAGGAUGGGGAGCAGCAGCAGCAGCAGCAGCAGUGGCAGCAGCAGCAGCAGCAGCAGCAGCAGCAGCAGCAGCAGCAGCAGCAGCAGCAGCAGGGGAGUGAGAUAGAAAAGCAUGGUGGGCGGCGAGGAGGGGAUGAGGUGCUUCGGCGGAGUGCGUCCCUGCCUGCUGUUUUCCAAGAGCCAGACAGGGCUGACCACACACGAGCACAGGACAACGGCGAGGGCGAGGGCGAGGGUAAGGGCGGGAAUAGCGCCAUGCAGGGGAGUCAGGAGCACAAGCCUUCCCCCUCUCGCCCUCUCCCCCAUGCUCACUCCUUCGCUGCUGUCUCCUUUGCCUCCCCUCACCUGCCCCACCGAGUCACUCCCACGCCUUCCUCUCAACAGCCCUCCAGCGUUGCACCUGCGAGUGGGGAUGGGCCCGGUGCUGUCAGUGCAGAUGAACCUGCCGCUGCUGCUGCCGCCGCUGCUGCUGCUGCUGCUCGCUCCUGUCGUGCUGGUUCUGGGAACAGGGAUGAGCUGCCUGUUUACUCCCCUGCCCUGGGAUCCCCACCUCCCUAUACGUCCCCACCAGUGGGUCUUCAUAGCCCUGCUCCCCUCAUCGUCCCUUCCCCAUCCUUCUCCUCCACCUCGCCCUCCGUCUCUGCCCCAUCCUCCUCCUCAUCUGCCUCGGGGCCCUGCUCUGUCUCCGCUGCCUGCUCCCACUCAUCUGCUUCCCCAUCUGCCUCUGCCUCUGCUGCCUCUGCCUCUGCUGCCUCUUCACACUCCUCCCCAUCUACUUCCUCCUCCUCCACCGCCCACUCCUCCCCCUCUCCUUCCACCACCUCACCUCCUACAUCUCGCCUCUCUGCAUCUGUUGCAUCCUCCACUCGCUCGCCUUCCCCCUCGUCCUCCUCGCCCUCUCCCUCCCCCUCCUGCUCCUCCUCCACCUCUCGCUCUCAAGCCUCCUCCUACACGCCCUCCCACCCCCGCACUCACACUCGCUCACUCGCCUCCGCCUCCUCGCCCUCAAUCCUCCCUGCCUUGUCUCUCUCCACUCCGCCCCAAGCCAAGGGCCUCUCCUCUCCCCACCACUCUGCUCCACUCUCGCCGCACACUAGCAGCAGCCACCAGCACGCUGUGCCAUGCUCCCCUGAUACGAGCAGCACCCACAAUCCAAGUUCCGUCUUCUUGCCUGUUGAUUCUAACAGUGCAGCUGUUGCUGCCACUGCUGCCACUGCUGCCACUGCCGCCACUGCUGCUACUGCCGCCACUGCUGCUACCGCUGCUACUGCUGCUACUGCUGCUACUGCUGCUUCUGCUUCUUUGGAAUGUGGCUCCACGGCAGCUGUAGCCCCUAGCCCCCCUGAGCCCUCCAAUUCCACCUCCAUCCCUGCCCUUGCAGUCCCAGCUGCUCUCACAUCUCCCCCCACCCGCCACCCCAUGCCGCUGCUCUCCCCGCCCUUCUCUGCCAUCCCAGCUGCUGCUGCUAGCUCCUCAGCAGUGCCUCGCAACUCCACCAGCAGCACUGACAACAUGUUGACACGAAGGUCGGGCCCCUCGUCCCUCUCCCCCCUCCCUCGUGUUCACCUUCCCUCCUCCCCGCCACGCAACCCUGCUGGCUCUCCUCCCGCUGCAGCAGCCAGCAGCAGCACCAUACCCACGUCUCCCAUCACCACUCCCAGCUCGUCUCUCAGAGCCACCUCUCCUCCUGCUUUACCCUCCACUCCUCCCUUAACCCCCGCCCUCCGCUCCCCCCACUCCCUUGCCAAGGCCCGUGCUCAUGCCCUAGCCCUCGCCAACUCCCUAUCACUAGAACCCCCUGCAGUGCCUGCUUCCAGUGGCGCUGCUGCUGCUGCUGCUGGCCCCAGCAGCAGCAGGCACAGCCACUCCCAUGCGCACGCUCACGGCAGCAGCACCAAAGCCCCGCCCACCAGCCCCUCUGAAACCCGCUCGCGCAGCCCUGUCUCCCACCGCCCCUUCCCCCGCCACCGCAAGUCCCCCCCUGCCUCCCCCUGCGCCCUGCGCUCCCCCGCCCACCCCGUUUCCCCCCAGCAUGACGUGGGCGGAGGGGGGAGGAAAAGCAGGGCAGGGGGGAAGAAAGGGAGGCUAUCGGGGCAGACAUCGGGGGAAUGGCUGGGGUGGGAUGAGAGGGAGGGGGAGGAAGGGGGGAGGGGGAGGGCUUGGAUUGAUGCUACAGAGAUGGCACGGGCGCAGAGCGAGCAGUGGGAGAGAGAGAGGAUUAGAGGGGUUGGAGCAGGGGAAGCAGGGAAGAGGAGGGAUUCGCGAGUGGGUGUGGGGGCUGGCAAGCGGGUGAGUGGUGCAGGGGAGAGGGAAAGAGAGGGGGAUGGUACGGCAGAGGUGCUGCGGCAGCGGCGGAAGCAGCAGCAAGGGGGCGAGGUGGAGGUGGUGGUGGUAGGGAAAGAGUACAUGGAUGGCACUCGAGGUGGUAGACAGCACAUGGGAAAGAGGAAAGAAGCAAGGCAGCAGCAGGCGCAGCGGCAGCAGGGUGAUGGGCAUGAGAACAAGAGAGUGCCUUUAGUUGUAAAUGUCAACCCCUCCAGCAUGGCUGCUCGUCUUCCCUCCCCAUCUUCUCUCUCACUCACGUCACCCAAACCCCAUACGCCAGCAUCCUCCCACCCCUCCCUUCACCCAUACCCCUCCUCACAAUCCUUCCCCUCAUCGCAAUCCCAGUCCCUAGUACCCCCUCGCUCCUUCCCCUCCCCCACAUAUCAGCCCCCCCUCCGAGACCCCAGUCCCAGCCCUCGCUCGCUGCACCCCCGUACACCCCCCUCCCCGUCCUCCCUCUCUGCGGUCUCCCUCUCCUCCUCCUUCAUCCGCCGCCUGCCCAGCCCCAGAGCCCUGCCAGGGGCACCCUCCCUCGCCCCGCCCCUUGUGGCACCCGCUGCUGCUGCUGCUGGAAGUGCGACGCCCACUGCGGCAGCAAGCCUGCUCUCCCCCGCCCUUAUCUCUCCCCGUGGCGGCUCCUCCCUGCUUCCCUUACCAUCCCCAGGCUUCUCCCACACUCCUCCCGCCUCCCUCAGCCAUGCCUCCACCCCUGCACCACCGUCCUCCUCCCACUCCUCUCACUUCUCAGUCAACCAGGCCGGGCCCUUCCCUUCCACCGGGAAUGGGCCUGACACAGUCACACCGGCUGCAACAGUGCCAGGGAGUGCAAGAAGCGGGGUCAGCUCGGCAGGUGCAUCUGGUGCAGGUGGCAAGUGGGCAGGCAGUGCGGGCAGCUAUCGCAGCAGCGACAGGCACACCCCAGGGAGUGCGCAGUCACAUGCGGCAGGGACGAGGAACGGCGUGGGUAGUGCUAGCGGUGGCAGGGUUGCUGGCAGCGGCAGCAGUGUCAGCCAGAGUAAACUAUCAGUGCAUGUGGAUGGGGGGACUGUGCCUGUGCAACCGCCUUCGAGCCCACUCUCCCAAAUCAAGGCUGCUGCCAGGAGUCUCUCCCCUCUUCGAUUGGUGCAUGCAAAUGGACGGGCUUCUGACCAGGAAAGGAGGAUGCCUAUUCGCCUGUUUUCACCGUCUUAGACACGACUUGGUAAUAUACUGCCAGGCUAUGCAUGCGUAUUUGGAAUUUGUAGCGUAGGAAAUAGAGCAAACAUGGCUGUCUGUCUUUCGUUAGUGAGUGUUUUUGUGGAACCAGGUUUGAUUUGGAAUUGAU